AUGGCGUCGAUUCGCUCUGAUGUGUGUGGAUCAUUUGAAAGUCCUAUUGUUAUAAGUGAUGAUGUUCUUGAUGAACGCAAUCGGUCUAUUGUCAAUGAGAGCUCUUUUGAUUCAUCCAAUUUAAAUGAAGAUGGAGAAUUUUGGGAUAUCGGUGAUCCUUCGUAUAUGUGUUCGCAUUGUGGGGCAAUAUUUUGGUAUGAGGAACGUCUUGGCAAACCAACUAAGCCCACUAAUCCAAGAUAUUCGGGAUGUUGUAUGAAUGGAAAUAUUGAGAUUCCUAAAUUGACUGCUCCACCUGACGUUUUGCACCAAUUAAUGUUCUCCAAUGACGCCAAAAGUAGUCACUACUUGAAAAAUAUUCAUUCAUAUAAUUCGAUGUUUGGUUUUACCUCCAUGGGAGGUAAAGUUGAUAAUAGUGUGAACACCGGUGGUGGUCCUCCUGUAUUUCGUUUAUACGGGCAAAAUUACCACUUAAUUGGUAGUUUAUUACCAGUAGAUGGUUGUGAACCGAAGUUUGCCCAGUUAUAUGUGUAUGAUACGGACGAUGAGAUUAAUUACAGAAUAACGUCUGUGAGACAAAGGGAUGCUGUGAAUAAUCUUCAUUCAGAGAUUGUUAGUGAUUUGCAACAUAUGUUGGAUAAAGAAAAUGUGUUAGUAAAGUCUUUUCGUAUGGCCAAAGAAAAGAUUGGGCUUGAAAAUCAACCCAAUGUAAGUUUGAGGUUGCUUGGUAAGAGAGGUAGGGAUGGAAGAACUCAUAAUCUACCUUCUGUUUCUGAGGUUGCUAUGCUUGUCGUUGGGGAUUUUGAUGAAGCUUUGGGUGACAGAGAUAUUGUUGUUGUAAAGAAGUCAGGGCAGUUGCAGCGCAUUAGUGAACUGCAUCCUUCUUAUCUUCCACUUCAGUAUCCACUUUUGUUUCCUUAUGGGGAGGAUGGUUAUAAAGAAGAUAUUGGAUUUUCUAGAAAUUCUUCUUCUUCAUCAACCCAUAGGAAAAGUAUUAGUCCUAAAGAAUUUUUCGCGUUUCGCUUACAUGAAAGAAUUUCUGAGUAUUCUAUUCUUUUAUUUGGAAGGCGAUUGUUUCAACAGUUUGUCGUUGAUGCCUAUACGAUGAUUGAGACUGGUCGUCUUACUUUUGUACGAACCCAUCAGAAAAGGUUGCGGGCUGAAUUGUAUAGUGGUUUAGCAGAAGCUGUUCUUCGUGGUGAGACAGAUGGUUCAAGGCAUGGGAAACAAAUUAUCUUGCCUUCCAGUUUUGUUGGUGGAGCUCGAUAUAUGGUUCAGAAUUAUCAAGAUGCUAUGGCGAUCUUUGUGUACACGGUUGAGUUUCAGAAACGUGGAUUGCCUCAUGCCCAUAUUUUGCUGUUUUUAAGCAAUGAGGACAAACAUCCUAAGCCUCAACGCAUUGAUGAGAUAAUUUCAGCUGAACUUCCUGACCAAGCAACUGAUCCUCACUAUCAUGAAUAUGUUAGAGAAUUCAUGAUGCAUCGGCCGUGUGGUGUUGUUCGAAAAUCAUCUCCUUGCAUGCUGAACGGACGUUGUUCCAAAUAUUUUCCCAAGAAAUAUCUCGCGGCCACAAACAUUGAUGAUGAUGGCUACCCUGCUUACAGACGUAGAGAUAAUGGUCGUGUUGUUAUGAAGGAUGGUGUGCCCUUAGAUAAUAAAUAUGUUGUUCCACACAAUCGUUUUCUUCUUAUGAAGUAUGGCGGUCAUAUCAACGUUGAGUGGUGCAAUCAGUCGCGAUAUAUUAAGUAUUUGUUUAAGUAUAUAAAUAAGGGUUACGACCGUGUGACAACUUCUUUUUUCCAAUCUGGUGAGGGUGGUACUGAACGAUGUAUUGAUGAAGUAAGUUUGUACUACGAUUGUAGGUAUAUAUCGUCUUGUGAAGCUGCUUGGAGAAUAUUUGGAUUUGAAAUUCAAUAUAAGGAUCCUCCUAUUGAAAGAUUGAGUUUUCAUCUUCCAGAUCAACAACAUGUAGUGUUUGAUGAAGCUGAUGACUUGGAUACUGUUUUGAAUCGUAAGACAAUUCAUGAAAGUAAGUUCUUGGCUUGGAUGGAAGCAAAUAAGAUAUAUUCUCAAGGUAGGGAUCUCACUUAUGGUGAAUUUCCGACGAAGUUUGUAUGGAAGAAGAAUCGCUGGGAACCUAGGAAACAAAGAUAUUCGAUUGGAAGGUUGUUUUAUGUUGCCCCUGGUUCUGGUGAUAUGUAUUAUCACAGAUGUUUGUUGAAUAUUGUUAAAGGAGCUUCUUCAUAUGAAGACAUCAGAUGUGUUAAUGGUGUUCAGUAUGAUACAUUUAGAGAUGCUUGCUUUGCUUUAGGAUUGUUGGAUGAUGAUAAGGAAUAUGUUGAUGGAAUUGUAGAGGCUUCUUUUUGGGCUUCAGCUCACUCUUUGAGAUUGCUCUUUGUGAGUUUGUUAACAUCUGAAUCUAUUUCACGGCCGGACUUUGUUUGGCAAAGAUGUUGGAAAUAUUUGUCUGAAGAUGUUCUUUAUAACCGCCGGAAAUUAACAAAUAAUCCUGGUAUGAUCUUGAGUGAGGAUGAAAUUCAGAAUGUUGCAUUGGCAGAGAUUGAGAAAUUGUUGCAAAAUCUUGGCAAAACUUUGCGUGAUUUCCAUGGUUUGCCGUAUCCGGAUAGUCAUUAUUUUGAGUCAAGUGAAAAUAAGUUGAUUGCUGAUGAGUUGUGUUAUGAUCGUGAAUGUUUAGCAAGGGAAUAUUUGGAAUCUAUCUCUAAAUUCACUGGUGAACAACUUUCUGUGCAUGACACUAUAAUGUCGUCUGUGCAUUCUAAUUAUGGAGGAAUAUUUUUUGUUUAUGGGUAUGGAGGUACUGGGAAAACUUUCAUUUGGAGAUCAUUGUCUGUAGGGAUUCGUUCGAAGGGCGAUAUUGUUUUAAAUGUGGCGUCCAGUGGCAUAGCUUCUUUAUUAUUGCUUGGUGGUAGAACAACUCAUUCUCGGUUUAAAAUUCCCAUUAAUGUGAAUGAAGAUUCUAUGUGCAAUAUUAAACCAGGCGGUGCACUGGCUGAGUUGAUUGUGAGAGCUAAGCUUAUUAUAUGGGAUGAAGCUCCGAUGAUUCAUAAACAUUGCAUAGAAGCCGUGGAUAGAACUUUAAGAGAUAUUAUGCGUGUUUGCGAUGAGUUAAAUAGGAACAAACCGUUUGGUGGAAAAACUGUUGUUUUUGGUGGUGACUUUAGACAGAUCUUGCCAGUUGUUCCUAAAGGCAGUCGUCAAGAUGUUGUGAAUGCUACCAUUAACUCAUCUUAUCUUUGGAAGAGUUGCACAGUUUUAAGGCUAACAAAAAAUAUGAGGCUUUUGAAUACAGAAAAUGUUCAUGAAGCCUCUAAGUUGAAGGAAUUUUCCUCUUGGGUUGCUUCUAUUGGAGAUGGUGUUAUUGGUGGUCCAAAUGAUGGUGAAGUGGCUAUUCAACUUCCCAUUGACAUUGUUUUGCCAAAUUCUGGUGAUCCUCUUAGAACCAUUGUUUCAAAUGUCUAUCCUUCUUACAUGAAUCCUGAAGAAUUGAUUAGUUGUUUGCAUGGUCGUGCUAUACUUGCUCCUACUUUAGAGGUAGUUGACGAGGUUAACCAAUUCAUGAUAUCUUUGGAUCAGUCUCAAGGUCGAGUUUACUUUAGUUCUGAUAGUAUUUCAAACUCUGACUCAACAUCAAAUGGUCUUGCUGAGAUACAUUUAGGGUUGAAAGUGUUUUUGAAUAAAUUGAAGUGUUCUGGUACUCCUAACCAUGAAUUGUUGUUGAAAGUUGGUACUCCUGUGAUGUUGUUGAGGAACAUAGACCUGUCAAACGGGUUGUGUAAUGGCACAAGAUUGAUAAUUACACGAUUAGGUGAUUAUGUGUUAGAGGGACAGGUAUUGGGUGGCCAUAAUAUUGGUCAUAAAGUGUUGAUUCCUCGAAUGUCAUUAAUACCAUCUGAUCCGAGAUUGCCUUUCAAGUUUCAAAGAAGACAAUUUCCUUUGGCUGUGUCGUAUGCAAUGACCAUUAACAAGAGUCAGGGUCAAUCACUCUCUCAUGUUGGAUUAUUUUUGAGAAAACCUGUUUUUAAUCAUGGACAGCUGUAUGUUGCUAUAUCAAGAGUCACAAGUCGUGAAGGUUUGAAGAUUUUGGUGUGUAAAGAUGAAGUAGAUGAAGGCAAUGGUGAUACCACUGGUUUUGAGGUAUGUGAUUCUGGACAUAAGUUUAAGGGACAGAUGCUUAGCAAGGUGAGGCCGAGUGAGAAAUAG